AUGUCUUUUUUCCCUCUGUCUUCCACAGAUAUUCAUUGUCAGACCUUCACUCAGUCUCAAGCUGUGGUAAAAAGGCCUGGUGAAUCUUUUCGGCUGGUCUGUACUGCCUCUGGAUUUACUUUCAGCAGCUACUGGGCAGGUGUGGUGAGACAGGGUCACGGUAAAGGACUGGAAUGGGUUGCAACUAUUGGUACAUCCAGUUCUCCGAUCUACUAUUCCCAGUCAGUCCAGGGAAGGUUCACAGUGUCCAGAGAUGACUCCAGCAGUCAACUGUACCUGCAGAUGAACAGCCUCAAGACUGAAGACACUGCUGUCUAUUACUGUAUAUGUUCCCACUUUACUCUUCUGACCGAUGUCUCCAUCCUCGUGAAGUUUCGAGAGGCCCUGGAGAACAAAUUCAACACCAUUCUGAAGUUCUGCCAAGAAGUCAACUGUCAUCAAGGCGUGAAAGAUGUUUUGGCUUGUUUUGAACCGGAGGCUUCAGACAAGGCUACAUGCAUUCUUCUCCUUCUGAUGGCGUACUUCAAAGAGCCCAAGGAUGCUAUUGUGCUUGAUGUUGAUCCUUGUGCCACAGCCACUGAUGUAGAAGGGACUGUGAUGCUACCAAGCACCCCUCGCUUGAUUGUUCAAGGUGACAUAAUGAAACCAAGGGCAUGGAUGCUGUCGUUGGAGGGUCAAGUGGUCAUGGGACCUCACCUUGACUUUACAACUGGUCUGGCUGCUAUUUUUUCCAGCUACUACAAUUUUAACUUGAAGUAUGCUGAAGAUGCUGCUUGUACUCUGGAAUUUAUCCAAAGGUGCUUCUUGGGCAUCAACCCAGAGACAGGCACAAAAUCUAAGAGGCAGAGAGGUCACAUGAACCAGCAAGUCUGCACUCUUAUCAGGAAGCUCAUUGACUUCGAAUGGAUGUCAAUCUAAUUGGAUAGAACCCACACUAUGCAGGUGCCAGCUGCGAUGGAAGGAGCGAGACACCUGCGACCCUCUCUAUUCCCACCUUUUUGUCUUUUCUUACAUCUCUCUCCCUCACUCUCUCUUCUCUGUCUCCU